GUAACAAAGUGUUUUGGCUUGUUAGACUUUCCGUAGCCCGAUUUGGAUUUCCGCAUCAUAUUUGGCGCGCGUUUCCGGACUUCCGGUUGGCUCAUUUGAACCCCCCUCAACAAAGCGCGUGUCACAUUCCCGUUUGAAGUCAUGGCUCACAACUUUCAAACUUCAACACUUUGUUUGACUCUGCCGAUAUCCUGUCAGAUAUGCCUCGGAAAGGUCAGACAGCCGGUCAUCUGUGGCAACCAUCACGUCUUCUGUUCGUCCUGCAUGGAGAUGUGGUUAAAAAAAGCAAGCCAGUGCCCCUCGUGCAGAGUCCCCAUUACGACCGAGAACCCUUGCAGAGAAAUUAUCGGAGGUACAAAUGAAAGUGAGCACACCGAGAGCCCCUCUGUGAGAAAAUGUCUCAGGAAAACUCGGGGGGAGCUGCUCCUGCGAGAGUAUGAGGAAGAAAUUGAAGGUCUCGUCAGAGAGAAUGAAGAGCUGAAAACCAAAAAUCAAAGUCUGGAAUUGCAGCUGAGGACCGCUUUGGAUCCCUGCACGAUUAACCCUGCGCAAGCAGACGACAAAGGAGUGGACCCGAGCUUCAUGGAGGAAUUGGCAAAGAGGCUGCAAACAGCCCAAAAUGUUUGCGAUGAGGUCAAAGAGGACAUGAACAAACUGAAGGAGGCGAAUAAAGCACUGCGAUCUCAAAAUGUUGACCUGGUACAAGAAAACAUGAGACUGAAAGCUGAGGUGGUCAGUCGAUCGCCACAGAAGUUUGGUCGUUACACUGUUGCUGCCUUGGAAGCGAAAAUCCAGCAGUACCAGAGAGACGUUGAGCACCUGAAGAGGGCUCUGGAGCGCAGCGACCAGUACAUCGAUGACUUGGAGAAUCGGGUCAGGAUGUCAGAAAAGAGAUGCGCCGAGUUGCAGGAGGCGUGCAAAAAGAGCACGCCGGGGUUUGAAUCCCUCAGCCAGCAGCAGAGGAUCCACAUGAUGAUGAGGAGCUUGAGCGAUCACGAGAGGGGCUCCAUCUGCAGCAAUCCCGAGGCAGACCCGCUUACGCUUUCCAAGGCUCGCAGUUUGAUGUUCUUUGCGUGCGCGGAUCACAAGGACUCUCCCCCGAAUCCCCGUGGACUUCCCAAAAAGGGCGAGGACUUGGACGGCACGUCCUCGGACUUGUUGCCCUCCACCCCUUCGUCCGCCUUCCGCUCGCUGACGCUGAGGAGCCCCGGCGUGCGCGACAAGAAAGUUGCCUUCAAGCCCGUCACUCAUCUCAGGAGGAUCGAUUUUGACGAUGUUCCCGGUACAGCCGAGACGGCCGCGGACCACCAGUUCGGUUUCACUUUGUCUCGGACCGCCGACGACUCAAAGCCGCCGAAGCCUGUUUUUUGGGGGUCUUGGAAGUUCUCCAAAUCCAAUGAGCAAUCGUCUCCCGGUCCAAGUAAACAAGUCUUGCCCACCGAUUCCUCGGCCGACGGUUUUGUGGCCGACGAGCCCGACAGUUUCCAAAAGUCCAGCGAGGCCUCCAUGGACGCCGCUUACCUCAACAAAAUCUCCGAGUUGGACUCCAUGAUGCUGGAUGUGGACAGCUCCAGUAGCCGAGGUUCUCAGCUCUCCCCGGCGUCCUCCCUUCCCGCCGAUCUCGACCACACUCUGGUCCCCGAUCCGCCGGCGUGCUCUGGCGUCGUCGCGCAACGCGGCACGGCGAAUAACAACGAGGCUUCGGGAGGCCGCCGUGCCGGAGAAGGAUGUCCUCCGUCGCUGGCGUCGGAUGUAGACGAGAGCGGCGUGGAUCACGGAGGGACGUCCCAGGCCGAAGAGCUCUCUUUUGAUUUGCUCUUCGAUGCCGUGGAAGAGACUCGGGCCGGUCCCCGCGGCCCCGUCAGCCCGGCGGGCCCGCGCCGGGAUCGCCACGCCUCCUCCUCCCCCGGCGGCAAACCUACGAACGCAUCGAGAGAGCGACACGCACUCAACGCUGGCCAGCCGACCAAGCGAAAGUCCCACAGCCCCUUUAACACGAGCAGUCCAACGAAACUUUCAAAGCUCAUGUGAAGUUUUCAAACACUUCCCUGCGUCCUCUGCAUUGGAACAUGUUGUGGUCGCAUGUUGCUCACAAGAUUUUGCCCAUCAAAAGUUGCGCCUUGGCCGUCUGUGAAAAACAGGAAGGUCUGAUUGCUUUUUUUUUUGUGAUAGCCCCAGUAUAGGAAGGCGGUGAAUAGAGUCUGGUCUUCUAGUGUUGAAAUUAUCAGACAAAUAACUGCUGUUUUACUUAGCACUGCCUGUCUACUGUUGUCAUACUGUUUCCUCUCUGACCUUUUUGUCCUAGAAGCUGUUAGAUAUGCAAGAUUACUGGGAAGAGAAAGUAUACAAUGUAACAUUGCCCCCCUACCCCCUCAAAAAAGGCGUUUUCAGAACACCUCAGCUAGGUGGAAAUGCUACAUUGCGUUCAGUAAAUUUAGCGACUGACAUGACAAAUUCUGUGACGCUUCCUCUUUAUUAGGCGCACUUCCAAAAUCCCUCUUGUAACUUAUUUAUUUUCUGUCAUUUAAAGCAGAAAAGCGCCAACUCUCUACGGCUGAGAGCUUGAUGUAUAAAAUCAUCACACACACUCACACACACACAAACAUAGUAAUUCAGUUGUUCCAGAAAGCACUUUAUUAUGCAAAUUUAACGAUAUCACGUGUAUUUCACACAGUGCUAAUCACUCGCAUGAAAUUUUAAUUGGACAACCGUUGUGGUUUGAAUAAAUGAAGAGUUAAUUCA